AUGGGAAUUUCCGCCCUGAUCAAUGCCGUGUUAGCUUUCUGCGCAAUAUGGCUGCAUCGUGGGGGAUUCAUAUACGCAUCGGAAUAUAAUUUUGACUACCAGGGCGAGUUACUCGUCAACAAUGCUGUCGUUCGAUGUCGGAUGGAUAUUGCAUACCCUCUUAAAGAAACCGUGAUAUGCCCGAUCUAUGUCGAAGGGACAGAAUAUGUUUGGCAUCCUCGGCCUAAUUCGAAUGAAGACGGUGAUGUCAACUCGUAUGUGAGUAACAACGGCAAGCUUCGCUCUAUACCACUUUCGAAUGUAUUGCUCUCCGAAGCCGAGAAUCCACUCAUCUGGUUGGUGUCAAAUGAUACGUCAACGGAACUGCGUUUGGAUUUUUCAGCCAACGAAUUAUUUGCCAGUACAGAACGUCGCCUGAUAUUUAUCUGCGGACCUAAAGAUUUGGUUCUGAAUGCUGAAUUGCAGCGUCAACUGCACCGCCUCGAUGAUUUCGAUGGGAUGCAAGAGCUUCCUUGGACCCAAGAAACACCGCUGACUCAAGAAAUAGCGAAGAUAGGGCAUGGAUUGGGCGUGUUCUACUUAGACAGAGGACGCAUGGAUCGACCACUCCAGGGCUGUGGAAGCCGCCCCUCGCCUCUGUUUGACGCAGAGAAUGAGGUUUCCAUAGAUAGAAAGACCGGAGCGGUUUCAUGCGUGGCAGAUCCUAUGUCCGAAUCACGUAUUGGAUUUCUUUGCGAAGGCUGGAUUGAUCCUCCUAAUUGCAUGAAAUAUCUUAUCAACAACAACGAUGAAAUUGUGACAGCCUAUCCCCCAAACGCUUAUUUGAAUUUCGAAGAAAGUAAACCCUGGGUGGUAGCACGAUAUUUUAUUAAUUUCGCAUUACCUCCUUUCCAUGGUGAAUGCAGGUGCAUAAAUCCCGAGACAGGUGCUGUGAUGGCAAAGAUGAAGAUUCGCCGGAAAACCGAGUACGUUUGUGACAUAGCGAGUAUGAUGUUGCGCAACCGGGUGCGGCCAAUCCGUGGCCCUUGGUGUUCGGUGGUACUUCAUCCAGGCAGCACCUUGACGAUACGGUUACCAGCACCGGUAGUGAAUUCGUCGUCUAUCGACGAACAAAACGAGGGAGAUGACGACGGGGAUAUAGAAGAAGAUGCAAUUACUGUCCCAUUCUCCCAACUGCCAUCUGUCUAUGAAUACGAAACUGAGUUUCUGCCGAAGGACAUGACCACGCUGCGUCAGAUAAAAUCACUGCGUGACAUUGAUCAUUACGACGAAGUUGCAUACGACCAAGCCCUUGCUGGCGAUGCUCUUGAGUUGGAUGCAUCUCAAAUAUCACGGGGUGAGGUGAAGCUGAAGUACCGUUCAGACAAACCUCUGGCUUUAAAGGGAGGAUUGAACUCAUUCUUGUAUCACUGGAAGUUGGUAUCUAAAAGCGAAAACGUUGCCAACGAGACACGCGCCGUGGUCAAUGUGUCCUUCGCGCUUACUCAUCAUUAUGACAUCAUUGGAUCCGACCUGGGGGAGCCAAGUGUGUUUGACCCAGACAGGAGCAAGGACGGGUGUUCCACCAAGCCUAUGGGUAACGGUCUAGGGGGAACGUAUGAAUGCGUCAACGAUAUGUCGACGACAGAUGAACACUUUGGUAUCCACUGCAGACCAGACGAGGAGCUGUUGCCUGGUAACUGUGCGUCGACGGGAUAUGAUCUCUAUUCUAAUAGUAUUAGGCCGUUCCCUAGAUCUAUUAGGAAUGUGACACCAUAUCCCACUGUAGGUUUUCGCGUGUUACGCAUGGGCUUCAUUAACAGACCUCUCAGUUAUGCCUGUGUCUGUGUUGACCGAAGUGGAUACGAAACAUCAAGGCUUGUUUUGGCGUCCAACCGCAAAAUUGUUAAUGAUUAUGUAGUACGUCGUGCAGGGGAGUCUCACACGCCACUCCCCUACAUGCUUCUACCCUGGAGUGAGGGCGUGCCAUCAAGCGACAAAAUCGAUUCGCCCAUGUAUCUUGUUAUAUAUCAUGCACCAGAGAAGACCAUUAAGAUGCAAAUGGGCACAACGUUGCACAUGACAUGUGCUUUUGAUUCUGAGUUGCAAAACGAUGUAAAUACUGAAAAUCUGGAGACUACUUGGCUUCCUAUGCCACCUGAGGAGUUCUAUUAUAAAAUUAACGAGGUUACGGAUGGUCUCGAACUUAAUCGUGAGAAAUAUGCAGAUUCUAUAUGUUCUACCCACUCCGCGUUGGAAGUUGUAUACCAAACAGAUCCGAAAAGUAAUGAGCACAAACAAUUGACAAUCAGAACGAGUAGAAGCGCCAUCUUGAUUUCCAAAGAUCCGAUAAGCAGUGAGCACGUGCGGAUGAACUUCGUAUGCGGCAAGAAGGCCGAACCAUUGGAUUUGUCAAGCAUCUCCGGUGAUGCGUUGUCUGCUGACGAAUCCGAACCUAUUGUCUCCAGUAUCAUAGACGCGUCAGAAAAAUACACUUGGAAUGUCGUCAAGGUUCAACUAGAGACCACGGACCCCUACAUGCAAGGCUGCGGUUUUACCUACGAAUCAGAUGAGUUGUUCAAGCCUGAGACACCCGAAAUCUACGACGCUAACGGACAACAAAUAGGUUGCAAGAUAGACAUCCAGGCUGCCGGUGAGGCGGCAUUCUACUGCCCAGCACCGUACGUCUUGGAUCCACCCGGUUGCUUCGACCAAGUUUACGUGGACGGUGAAGAGAAAAACGUAAGGGACAUCAGUCAGUCGUUGGGAGCAUCCCGGAGUAAUCACUUUGUCACACUGAAGUUCUACGGCAAAGUCGUAGGACCCGGGGAGACCCUUCGCAAAACACCGCCACUUGAAUGCCGCUGCGUAACCAUCAAGGGUAUUGUUCUUUCCACCAUACAGAUCGAGAACUAUUACGCCAAGGAAUGA